AUGCGAACUGUUAUUCGGUCUGUAAGACAAUUUAGAUCAGCUUUUCGGUAUAGAUGGAACACCUAUGAUGGAUUUCCGAAAGGGCGAGAUUAUUGGUGCAAUACAAAUCUCCUGUCGGUAUACAGCCUAUCAAGAAAAGCAGAUGUUUGUGAAUGUAGACAACCAUCACAGAUGAUCUCCAGAUUCAUGUUUGCUAACGCAGCUAAUGUUACUCAUCGAGAACUAAAUCAAUCUGGACCUCUCGUGGAAUAUGAACGGAGGAUCAGUGCUUGUGAACUUUUGGAUGGCGAUACUAGCCAGUUAGGCUCCUUAGCAGAGCUUCAAAGACUUUAUGACGAGCUUGUUGAAAAAGCUGAUGCUUGUAGGUUGGAUCGAUAUGCUACUUCUGAGAAAGCUGGGCGGAGUAGAUGGUUGUGGUCCCGUUUCAUACCACAAACUUCAUAUGCACCGGUGAAAGGACUUUAUCUUUAUGGAGGAGUUGGCACAGGCAAGACUAUGUUGAUGGACCUGUUUUUUGAUCAAUUGCCUUGCAACUGGAGGAAAAAGAGGAUCCACUUUCAUGACUUCAUGCUGGAUGUCCACAGCCGUUUGCAAAAGCACAAGGGUGUGGCAGAUCCUCUAGAAGUUGUCGCUGGAGAGAUAUCAGAUGAAUCUCUUUUGUUAUGUCUUGACGAAUUCAUGGUGACCGACGUAGCUGACGCCUUGAUCCUAAAUCGUCUAUUUGGACAUUUAUUCAGCGAAGGAUCCAUUCUUGUUGCGACUUCAAAUCGAGCUCCGGAUAAACUUUAUGAAGGGGGACUGCAGAGAGAUCUUUUUCUACCAUUCAUUGCAACUCUGAAGGAAAGAUGCGCUGUUCAUGAAAUUGGUUCGGCUGUGGACUAUCGGAAAAUGACUUCGGCACAGCAAGGUUUCUACUUUGUAGGCGAAAACUUGUCCAUCGUUCUUAAGCAAAAAUUUCAAGAAUUAGUUGGGGAAUACAAAGCUGUUCAACAAGAGGUGGAAGUCAUCAUGGGAAGGAAAUUGCUGGUUCCGCUGGGUGCCAAUGGAUGUGCAUGUUUCCCUUUUGAGGAACUAUGUGAUAGGCCUCUUGGGGCAGCAGACUAUUUUGGUCUCUUCAAAAAAUUUCAUACUCUGGCUUUGGAAGGUGUGCCGAUUUUUGGGCUCCAUAAUCGGACUGCAGCAUAUCGGUUUGUCACUUUAGUUGAUGUUAUGUAUGAAAAUAAAGCUAGAUUGCUAUGCACUGCUGAGGGAACUCCUGAUGAACUUUUUGAAAGAAUCGUGACAGUAUCUGAUGCUCAUCAAAUGGCACCCCGAACCUCUUCAAGAUCACGAAAAUCUGAUGAUUCUGACAUUUGUGUGGAUAAUGAAUUAGGUUUUGCAAAAGAUCGCACCAUUAGUAGGCUGACAGAGAUGAACAGUAGAGAGUAUUUGGAGCAACACGCUGCAACAUUGGCAGAGAAGCUGAUCGUGCAGGAAAACGAUAAUGAGAAUGUCCUAGAGGCAUAG